AUGAAUGCUUUUUUCGAUGGCUAUGUUCAUGCAAAAACAAACUUGAAAGAAUUUGUCGAUCAGUUUGAUAGUGCGUUGAAAAAAAAAGUUGAGAGUGAAAAUAACGCGGACUUCCAUUCAUUUAGCGUUACCAUUCCUUGCAUAUCUAGAUCUCCUAUCGAGAAGAGAUUUCAAGAAAUGUACACAAAUGCUAAAUUUAGGGAAGUUCAGAUGCAACUUACUGGCAUUAUCGAUUUGGAUCCAGAGUUACUUAAGAGGGAUGGUGCAGUAAAGACCUAUCUGGUAGAGGACGAAGUUCGGGUUGAAGAGUUCACUAAGUCUGUUACGUUUUCUGUGGACUUUAGUGAGGAAAAUGCAGAUGCUAAGUGUUCGUGUGGUUUAUUCCAGAUGAGGGGUAUAUUGUGCAGGCACAUUCUCGCUGUAUUUAAAUGUAACGGGAUAAAAUCCCUGACAGAGAAGUACAUUUUAGACCGAUGGAGGAAGGAUAUCAAAAGGAGAUACACGUUAAUCGAUACCAGCUAUGACGCAGGGGAUCAACGGCCAGAUUCUUCCAGAUAUGCAAGUCUAUUAAAAAUCUGUUAUCAAAUGAUUACUCAUGCAGCGGGUUCAAAAAAACAUAUUGAGGAUGCCACACAUAAGUUACACGCAAUGAUUGAAUUAUAUACUGAGAAUCAAGAACCCCCAUCGAUUUCCCUCUCUGGUUCGAAUGUUGGUUGUACUCAAAAUGACACAGGCACAGUGGGUAGCUCAAAACAAGUACUCAGUCCAUUAGUUGUCAGAGGGAAAGGCAGACCCCCAUCCCUGAGGAGAGCAUCCAGAAUGGAAAAAGAUAUGCGGAGAGUUAAAGGAAAGACAAAGAAAGCAGAAUUGAAACGGAAACAGGUACUCAUUAUUGAAGCUUUAAAUAUACAUGUUUAUAUCAAUAAAUUUAUUAAUGCAAAAACUUACUUAUUGCAAAUGGUACUUGUUUAUUAG